AUGAAAUGGUUAAUCCUUGACAAUGCUCGAACGCAUACAGCUAAAGCUUAUUCUUUACUUAAUUUUGGAAAGUCCAUCGGUACUCGUUGUCCAACUGGCACGAUAAAAUAUGCUGAUCAACAAGGUGUAAAACAAGUUAUCGAUUGCUACUUUAAGAUCGGUUCAAAUAAAGGUUUAAGUAAAGGUUUGAUUGAAAUAAGUAAAGAUCUUAAUGUUAAAUUACCAACCAAAUUAAAACUUGAACAAUUAAGAGAUAUUUUAUCUAAUCACCCAGCAUUUAAAAUUGUAAGUUCAAUUGAUUAUGUUAGGUGUCUCUCUAUUGGACUAUAUUUUAGACAUCAUGUCUCGAAGAACUAG